UUAACUAAUAUGUAAAAAAAUCGUAAACAAUCUAAAGAAAUGGUUCAGGAGAGGCACAUAACAUAACCCUCUCUUCUUAACUCUUCUCACCCAAAACCCAAAACCCUUCUUCUUAACAAUGUAUCUCCCCCGCCACAUACUCAUCAGAACCUUCCUUCACCGCCGUCCAUUCUCCCAUUCCGCCGCCGCCAUCCUCCACCCCUCAGAGCCAGACCUAGAGCCGCUCACCUACCUCGAAGGCUUUCCAAAACCUGACCCUAAGUACGACGAGACCAUCCUCGCUAUCCCCCGCAGAGAUUCCGGGAAGAACAUUUCGGCCAAGGAGCGCAAAGUCGGUCGCGUUCCGAGCAUAGUGUUCGAGCAGGAAGACGGCCAGCACGGCGGUAACAAACGCCUCAUUUCCGUCCGCUCCGAUCAGAUCAGGAAGCUCAUUAACCAUCUCGGACGCUCGUUUUUCCUCUCACGUCUCUUCCAUCUACAAGUUCUCCACCAAUUCGACUCUGAUUCAAACCCUAACGAUGACAAUGUCAUUGAGAACGUUCGCGUUUUGCCCCGCAGUAUUCAUUUGAAAGCUGGCACAGAUGCACCUUUGAAUGUUACAUUUAUAAGGGCUCCUUCAGAUGCUUUGUUGAAAGUUGAUAUUCCUAUUGUAUUCAUAGGAGAUGAUAUUUCCCCUGGACUCAAGAAAGGCAAUAGAGAAGGAAGUUUGUGCUCAGAGUGUAAAAAGUUACCUAUAAUUCAAUGAUCAGCAUCACCUCAAAACUGAAUAGACCAAGACUAUGGUUUCUGCGUAGGUUCAAUUUUAUGCUCAUGGGAUUUUAUGCUAGAUGGUAU